CAUAAGGGAAAAAGAAUUUGGCGGCAAGAAUAGUAGGAUUUGCGGGAACCAGCUGGAUCUGGCCAAGUUGCUAGCCGCCUGAAGUGGAAGAUUUGUGUUUCAUCGCAUUUGGUCACCUUCUAUUAUUUAUUUCAACGCAAAACAGGGACGAAAAUAUUGGAAAUCUCAACCCAACACUGUAAAUUCUGAAGAAAAAUGGAUUUCACUCGGAAUCCCCGCCGGACGUUGCAGAAAAAUUACGAUGCCGAACUGAGCAGCCAAUUUCCCCAUGAUUUGCAACUGUACGAUAAAAUACCGAAAUCGUCCAUCCUCAUCCAUGAAUUUGAAGAAAUUGCUCUUGAAAGGCUGAAAGCUCUUCGGAUAGUGGAGACAGUGACACUUAGGGGUUUCGUCAAGUUUUCUGAAGAGUGGCGCAAAAACUUUCACGAAGAGCUUAAAAAGCAGGACCUGAAAUCGCUCUCAAAAUUGUAUUCCAGUCUAGGCGUUUCCAACACUGCUCCAAAUUAUGAAGCUAGGAAAAAGGACCUCAUUUCACACUUUAUCUUGUGCCUUGCGUUUUGUCGAUCUGACGAGCUGCGAAACUGGUUCAUCAGCAAAGAAACCGAUCUGUUCGUAGCCAGAUUUGAAGAACUGUCGACUGAAGGCAGAAAGGAAUUUAUGGAACUGAACAACAUCGAUUUCCAGCCCAUCCCGCAAGAGGAAAAGAAAGCUAAGCUCUCACGCUUGCUGAACACCUUCCAGUACAUGAACGCAACUCAAUUCGACUCUGCUGACUUCUACAAAGUACCCUUCAAAAAGGUGCUGGAGCUGGUGAGGAGCAGAAAGGUGCUGCUGGAGAAAGGACAGGCGUACGUGGCCUCUGGCGAUCUGGGAAAUCUGCUUGCGUCCAAAUUGCGACAAGAAAUUUCGCAUUCCCUCGCUGUGAUGAAGCAGUGCCUUCCAGAAACCACUGCUGACAUUCGCCUUGACUCCGUCCUCAAGUGCUUGCUUGAUCAGUAUGAAUCUGGAACAUACAAGCCGACAACUACCUCUUCAAAUGCGAUUCGAAUUGAAGAUCUUGAUGAGCUUUCUAAGAAGUCCUAUCCGCCUUGUAUGAGGCGAAUGCACGAGACGCUUCGAGCAAAGCACCAUUUAAGACACGCCGCCAGAUUGCAGUACACACUGUUCUUGAAGGGAGCUGGUCUGAGUCUCGAGGACGCCAUGAAAUUCUGGAGGUCUGAGUUUGUCAAAGUCAUGGCUGUGGAAAAGUUUGAGAAGGAGCACAGCUAUAACAUUCGCUACAACUAUGGCAAGGAAGGCAAACGCUGCAACUACGCACCGUACGGUUGCAACAAAAUCAUGAACAGCCAGCCUGGCCCUGAGGACGCAAGCGGCUGCCCUUUCAAACAUUCUAAGCCGCAGGAGCUGAGGAAGUUGAUUCUGAGCUACGGAAUUGACUCAAACCAAGGACUGAAGGAUGUCAUGGAGUAUGUGAAUUCUCAGCAGCCAGUUUUGGCUUGCCAGAAACUUUUCGUCCUCUCGCACCCUGGCAAAGGCGUCGAAUUUGGUUUGUGUCACCCAAAUCAGUACUUUACUGAAAGCCGAACCAUCAUUACUGGAGUUAAUGUAAAGCAAGAACCAGGUUCCACGCCGUCAUCAGCAGUCAACUCCCCAGCGAGUAGGUACGCCACUCCAAGUCCUGGAGGAGCCCGUGAAAACGUCAAUUCCAGUUCUACCCCACUGAGCACAAAGGCAGUCAUGAAUAGAGCCACACCAAUGUCUUCCAGAAAAAUGCUGAACGUGGACAACAAGGCAGCAGGUAAGACGGAGCCGUCAAAGGAAGAGGUGGCUGAUUGGAUGGAUGAACUGGACGACUCAGAUUUUUCGCAACUCGAGGCCAUGGAUACCACAAAUUAAUUUUACCAUACUGUGUAUUAUAUUUUUUUACAAAAUUAGAGGCAGAUUGGAACCAAUGGUAGCAGCUGAAGUGUUGUACAUGUUAGGGGCCAAAAUUGUUUCGUACUGUUGCAAUUGAGAUACGACAUUCGGCAAAUUGCUUGGCUGUCUUGGCUGAGUGCCUUUGUAAGCACCUUGGAAUUCAGUUUUCAUUGGCCUGAAAUUUUUGUUUAAUAAAUACGUGUUUCUAAUAUUUUA